AUGACCAUGGCGAUGCACCAGGGAAAUGCGGUCUUCCCCCGGAGUCAUGUCGGUUUCGACAGCAUCACUCAACAGAUUGAGAAGAAGCUGUUGAAGAGAGGCUUCCAGUUCAACGUCAUCUGUGUUGGUCAAACUGGACUGGGCAAAUCGACAUUGAUCAACUCGCUCUUCGCAUCCCACCUCAUCGACUCAAAGGGUCGCAUGCGGCCAGACGAGUCCAUCCGGUCCACCACCGAGAUUCAGACAGUAUCGCACAUCAUUGAGGAGAAUGGCGUCCGACUACGGCUCAACAUCGUUGACACCCCAGGCUACGGCGAUCUCGUCAACAAUGAUCGAUGCUGGGAUCCCAUUGUCAAGUACAUCAAGGACCAGCACUCAGCGUACCUGCGAAAAGAGCUCACCGCCCAGCGAGAACGGUACAUUCAGGACACUCGCAUUCACUGCUGCUUGUUCUUCAUCCAACCCUCCGGCCAUGCUCUCAAGCCGAUCGAUAUUGUCGUCCUCAAGAAGCUCUCCGAUGUGGUCAACGUGGUACCCGUUAUCGCAAAGGCCGAUUCUCUGACGUUGGAGGAGCGUCGCGAGUUCAAGGAGAGAAUAAAAGAGGAAUUCGCCUUCCACGGCAUCCGCAUGUACCCAUACGACAACGACGAGCUUGACGAUGAGGAACGUGCCACCAACGCGACCAUCAAGGACAUUAUCCCCUUUGCAGUCGUCGGCAGUGAGAAGUCGAUUGUGGUUAAUGGCAAACAAGUCCGCGGCCGACAGAACCGGUGGGGCAUCAUCAACAUCGAGGACGAGAACCACUGCGAAUUCGUCUAUCUACGGAACUUCCUCACCCGAACACAUUUGCAAGACCUCAUCGAGACGACGAGCCAGAUCCACUACGAGACUUUCCGUGCCAAGCAACUGCUGGCCCUCAAGGAGAGCAGUGCCGCCGGCGGCAUGUCCAGUAGCAGACCCAUCUCGCCAGCAGCCGAACGCGAGUUGAGCAGGAACUCUCAGCGAAUGACUAUGAACGGAUAUUAG